GGGCGCGACAGUGCAAACAUGGCUGUCUGCGAUCAAUGAAUCCGUAGUACGGGAGUGCGUAUAGUAGUGUAUUGCAAGAUACGUGGUAAAUAUGACUGGUAAAUGAACAGGAGGCUCGUCGAAGGGCCAUGGGCAAAGACCAGGAACUGUUGGAGGCUGCCCGGAAGGGCAACGUGGCCGUGGUCGAGAAGAUUUUGGGCCAAAGAGCCAAAAGGAGUGGUCCUCUCGCAAGCCUUAGGAGAGGUCCAGGGGCGAACGUGCAAGACAGCAGCGGGUACUCUGCCCUUCACCACGCCGCCCUAAACGGACAUAGAGACAUCGUCAAAUUGCUCCUGGAACACGAUGCUUCGACCAACAUUGUAGAUAGCAAGGGCUCGUCUCCUCUACACCUGGCUGCUUGGUCGGGAAGCGUCGAAAUAGUUAGAUUAUUAUUAUCCGGCCCGUCUAUAUGCAAUGUUAAUUUAACUACGAAAGACGAUGAAACUGCCUUGCAUUGUGCCGCCCAAUAUGGUCACACGCAAGUCGUUAGUCUCCUGCUCGAACACGCUUGUGAUCCUGGGAUUAGAAAUUGCCGCGGCGAAACGGCGCUCGAAUUAGCAGCGCAAUACGGAAGACUCGAUACCGUGGAAUUACUGGUAAGAACUGACCCAUCUUUAAUACAAUGCCUGAAACGAACUACACCCGACACGGUGUUUCCGCACACCCCUCUUCACCUAGCAAGCAGGAACGGUCACAAAGCCGUGGUCGAGGUCCUGCUGAAGGCCGGUUUCAGCGUCAACAUGAGAACCAAAUCGGGAACCGCCCUACACGAGGCCGCUUUGUGCGGAAAAGUCGAGGUGGUGAGAACGUUGCUCGAACACGGCGUCAACACUUCCAUAAGGGAUUCGAAUAAUUACACCGUGAUGGAUCUGCUCAGUCAGUUCAACACUGCCCAGGCGUCGCAAGAGAUCAUGCACAUAUUGAAACGCCACAAGCGGGGUCUACCGUUGGUGGACAGCGACGGGGAGAGCGUGAGCCAGCCGUUUCCAACAGUGCCAAAUACGGAUUCCGAUUUAGGUAAUACAGUCGCGUUGUUCGCGCAAUUAAACAAACAUUCGGCGUUAAAUUCGCCAGUUAAUUCGCUCGCAGGUAGCCCGUACGAGAACGUUAGACCGUCGUCGAAAAACACCAGAUCGGCGACCACCGAUCCUUCGCCCGGCACGUCCCCGCAUCGAUGGGGGGACUUCGUGCAGAGGCACGCGCGUCCCCCGGAAGCCUUCGACGACAGAAGGGUGUCGGGGGUGUCCGGCAUUUCCAUCAUGAACCGCAGAAAUGCACCCACACGAGACGUUAAUCAAAACGAAGAUGCGUACGUGCCGAUGACGAAUUUGAAAAUGCGCAACACAAAACCUUACCAGAGCCUGCCGAUAAUGAAACGACCGAAACCGAGGCCGAUUUUAGACGAUUACCCUUUGGACGGCAUAACUUUUAAUUUUAAAGAACAGCUCGACCUGCGCAAAGCCAGUACCGCCUCGACCACAUCCUACCUAUCAGCGACGUCCUGCGGAUUCCAUAGUAAUUCUGAUUCUUCCAGGGAAUCGGAUAACAGUCUCUACCAGAUACCCUGCGUGCCCAAGCAAUUCAUGGACUCCAGCGCUCACUCGGAGGACUUCAAUUACUUGAGCGCCAGCAGGGAGUCCGACCAGAUCAGCGUCUCGUCGACGGCCUCCAGCUGCGGGUACUACCCCAAGAGGCCCGACAGCGGCGGCACGCCCCUGUACAUACCCAUGAACAAGGGAGGCGGCUACAGUCCCGGAUCGAACAGCAAAGUUUCGCCGACGCCUCCGAAGAAACCGCCGCGCAGGAACAUAUCCAUAUCGCCCACGCACGUCCAGCCGAUGUCGAUGUCGGUGGACGGCGUCAGCAACAGCGCCUACGAGUACCUGUUCCUGGCGCACAGCGGCACCCGCAGCCAGGGCAACCUGAACGACUUCGACAAGGAGAACCGCCGGGACCGCCUCGGCCACGGCAGGAGCAUGGAUCAAUACGUCGAAAUGAACGUGUUCAAUAUCGCCUUGGACGACGAGCAACCGGAACGACCAAGGAGCGAAUUGCAACGCGGCAAAAGCGAGGACCUGGACAGCAGGAAGAAGCACGAACCGAUCGCCAUCACGUCCAUGUACGAGAACAUGAUCGUCAAGCAGCAGAAUCCGCGCAGGAAGUUGCGCAGACACCCCGAGGUGUACGAGGAGUACGAUUUCCGCAGGAAGCACAAGGACAAGGAGGAGCCGGCGGCGAGUUCGUCGGCGCCGGAGACGACGUUCGUGUCGAGCGCCUUCAUAAUGAUCUCCAGCGACGGCGAGGAGCCGGCGAAGGGCGAGAAGAAGACGGCCAGGGGCGGUUACCCGCUGAGUCCGACGCAUUACAAUCAACCCCCGACGCCGGACCAUCCGCCGCCGUCGGCGGUGCAGGCUGAGAGUAUUAUUUACGACAAAAUUCGUCCGUUGAGUCAGGAAUACAAGAGGAGAUCGAAGGACAUGGAAACCGAAACCGAAGACGAAUACCUCUUAAUAUUCGACGGCUCCAGCGGCAGCUUCUCCAGCAGCGUCUCCUUAUCGGACAGGAGCGUCGAUAACAUCCUCGAAGAGUACAACGCCGACGUUCCUUUCGCCGGUCUAACGAAAGGCGCCGCUCCCAAAGUGCUCGAAAACAUCAACACCAACACGCCCGCCGAGCGUCCCAAAACCCUAAAGAAACUCAAACGGUUUUACGACAGCUCGAACGGCGAGCCAGUUCGCAGCGACAAUGAAAAAUCCUCCAGCUCCGAAAAGGAAUUCGACAACAAAGAGAACAAAGAGAACAAGGAGCACAAGGACCGCGUGUCGGCCCUGAGCCCCUUCGACGAGCAGGAGGAAUGGGCGAAAAUCCAGGAGAUAAUGGCCUCCUUCGGUACAGGCAUCGUCAGAGAAUCGGUAUUCGUGGCCGAAUUGGAGAAGGAGUUCCAGAGCCGAUUGAUGACGAUCAGUUGCUCCCAACACAGUCUGGCCGGCCCCGCCGAGACCAACACGGUGGAGAAGUGGCUGCAAGGCCUGGGAAUGGGGGAUUACGUGGGGCUGUUCGUGAGCAACGGAUUCGACGAUAUUAAUUUCUUGAACGGAGUGAUCGAGGAAGGGGAUGUCAAAGAAAUGGGCAUUACGAGCGAACUGGAGCGGCAAAUCCUGCUGGAUUCGGUGAAGCAGCUGCCGACGAAGAUAUCGAAGAGUUCUCUAAACGCUUGCAAUAACAACAACGAGCAGAACACCGUGAAAACGUGGCUGACGCGGAUCAAUUUGGAGCAGUAUUACGAGACCUUCGAGAAGCAUUUGUACCACGACAUGGAGCGGGUGAAGAGGAUUUGGGACGUCGAAUUAUCGGCUGUGUUGGACAUCGAAAAAAUCGGCCACAGGAAGCGCAUUCUGGCCAGCGUUAGCAGCGGUGAACACAUAGUUGCUGGACCGAAGUUGGAAACUAUCACCGAUUUCGGAUCUUCUUUAAAAAAUACUCAACCCAUUCCCGAGCUUCCCUCGCCCUCUACGAUAUCCGUGAACAGUAAUACAGGCACCAUAAGGCACAGGCACAAGAAAUCCAGGCCGGCCCCGCCGCCUCCAAUUAAAAAGGAACCGGAGAAGAAGUCCCCCACGGAAAUCUACGUGGGAGGAAACAAUUCGAUCAAGUCCCAGUGGAGGCACCAGCCCAUCUUGCUGAUAACCGGUUGCGUCAAAUACACAGCCAAUUACUUGGGAUCGACGCUGGUAAAGGAGUUCAAAGGCACCGAAUCCACGAAGAAAUCCAUCCGGACUGUGAUAAAAUCGAACGAUCAUCCCAGCGAGGAAAUCUGCCUGUCGGUGUCCUACAAAGGCGUUAAAUUCAUCAACCCUUUGGAAAAGAAAAUCAUCUGCGAACACGAAAUCAAAAACAUGAACUGCGUGUGCCAAGACAUGGAAUCCCAGGCGUUCUUCGCCUACAUCACCAAAGACGCCGAGGCCUUUUACUGCCACGUUUUCCAAGCAGUUUCUUCGGAGCAAGCCAUCGAUAUAAUCCUGACGUUGGGCCAGGCUUUCGAGCUGGCCUACCAAAUGGCCGUCAGAGACCAAGUGACGAGCAAGGGGAAGUCGCAGGGCAAGCCCGCGGUGAGUCCGGGGUCGGUUUCCUGCAACAGCAGGGACUUCAAGGAGGCGAGCACGCGCAACGCGGACGUGAAGUUGAACGGGCACCCGCUGAAGAUGAUGCCGUUGACAUUGUCUAUCGCCGCCGAGCCGGACUUGGAGCAGGCUCAGUCGAGCGAGAAGGAUUAGGGGGAGUUGUAGAACUUGCCCAGGUAAGUGGAAGUGUUUUGAAGGUUGUGGAAGUUGGAGUGAGGUUUGUAGUGGCGAAAAUUUCCAGGAUGAGUUUUUUGUUUGACGGGCGUUGCUCUUUGCUAUAUCGGGGUUGUGCAAUCGUGCAAUAAAUAUUCGAAGAAAUCCUAGUGGAUUAAUUACGAGAGCAGCCUUAAAAUUAAUUACGAAAUUUUAUUGAUCAUAAAUGUUUAAAAAGUUGUUGAUGCGCAAAAAAAUCGUCUUUGAAACCGCUGUUUUUUACUUUAAAAUUCUCAUUGUAAAAAUAUUAAAAAUCGACCAAAUAUCAAUGUAUUUCUCUAUUAAGACUUUUUCCUUAGGAUGUAGACAGCUUCAUACAAUGAUAUUAAUCCUCCAAUCACAUCUGAAUAUCACUGCCAAAUAAAACUAUAUGCUUUAAAAGGUAUACAUUUAAUGAAUAAAGAUACAUACAUGUGAUUGUUUUAAAAUAUAUACAAAAGGAAUUAUAAAAUUAGGUAGGUGUAACAUGUUUUUCUUUGAUUUCUAAAUUUUCCUUACAUAUUUCGGCAAUACAAUAGGAAAAUAAAACAAAGCAGUUGAUCUCAGCUUUUAUAAAAUGAAUUAUAUUCUCAACAGUAAAUAUCUGUUUACAACAACAUAAAAAUUAAAUAGAGAAAAAGGUAUAUUCUAAUGCAAGCAAUUUCAAUACAGUAAUUAGUUUAAAUAUUACAGGAUGAUUUUAAUGUUCUCAAGUAAAAUAUUGCAUUUUAUUCAUUCCAAAAAUCAUUAUUUUCUUUCUAUUUAGGAAUUGCAGAAAUUUAUCAUUUUCUAUUAAUUAAAUUUACUAAAGUAGAUUGUAAUAUACAUAUUUAACAAAAUACACUUAACUAUAGAAUCUUAACAAUUUUUUAGAAGGAAUGCUCAAUAACUACAUUAAUAUAUAGGGAGCAAUUUAUAAGGAUUUAAGUUACAGUUUUUCACCAAAUACUUUUAUACCGGGUGAUGUUAAACGUAGCAAUUUUUUUCAGUGUUUUGAUGUAAUUGUUUGAAAGUACUAUACACACAACUUUAAUUCCUAUUCGUCAUUUGAAACCAAAUCUUCCAUUUUUGUAAUUAAAUUAUAUGAAUUAUUAAUGUAUAUACAUCGUUAGGAAAAUCAUAGAGGCUUUAACAAGUAUAUAGCAGGGUUGAAUAAUUAUUCUCAGUGUGAAAAAGUUAUGAAAAUUUACCGAAAUGUUUACUAAAAAAGAAAAUCGAUUAUACGCAUUCAAAAUGCUUAGAGUUAAUUUUUUGGCUCGAUAAAUAUAUCUUAGCUAUACGUGUUAUAUUUAUAGAAAUAAAUGAUUAGCAAUGCGUAAGGGAUGCUCGCGUAUUUCGCAAAAUUAUUGGCUUUUCAAGCACUUUAUCUAAGUGUCUAAAUUAUCUUUUACUUGAGUGAAAAUUCCGAGCGAAAUAUGGGUGAUCCUGUUUAUUUUACGACUUAUAAAAGCCUUUAUUUUACUGCAAUAUGUAUUAACUUUGAUGACUUGUGAUAACACCUUGGUUGAAAAAUUAGUUUUGAUUCAAAUUAAUUAUAAUCUUUUCAAAGUUAGUUGACGAAACGAUGCAAAUCAUAAUUAGUAAUUUCUUUUAACACUUUGAAAGGAUUAUACUAAAUUUAACCAGGUGAACUUUGUGUAAUUCCCAUGUUUAUUUUAUUGUGAUUAAUACCUGUAAAAUGUAUUCAAUUUGUUAGUAUUUCAUAUUUUGUUA